AUGAGCGUUGCUAUAGAGAGUCAAGGUGAUCUGCCUCUCCCAGAUAACCUCCAGCACGCAGAAGAUGCCCAGAGUGACCUGGGGGAUGGCUCGAGCAGCUUGAGCGACAUCGAGCAAGACGUCGACCAAGAUGACGGGCAGGAUGGUCUCGACGAUGAUAUGGAAUCAGACGAAGCAAGCGAAGAAGAAGAAGAUGAGGAGGAAGAAGACAACGACUCUGAAGCAGAAACAGAGCGACUAGAUGUUUCGCCCGAUAAGAAGCGCACACACAAAGACGUCGUUUUGAACUCGCACACAGAGGGUCACACUUUCGAACGGGCUUCGUCAAAUCUGCACGGUCAAUAUGGAGCUGAGGAGGAUGAAGACGAGGAGUCCGAUGAAGAGGAUAACGCACCGGGCGAUAUUUCUGACGAUGAACUGUCGCUCCCAGAUUCGCCAAAAACUGCAGCAGAAGAAGAAGCUGUCGCAGACGCCGCUGAUGACGCCGCAGCCGCAACAGCACAGCUGGAAGAGUCUAUAGCACAGCCAAAAGAUAUCAUGCACGCAUUCGAUCUCACAAAUAAGAAGAGGAAGCGGUCGCAAUUACUGGAUGUCGACUCAGCCGAUGCGACCGACACCCGCGAACCUCUCAGGAAGCGCACUGGAUCCGUGCAACCACCUGGCGAUGACUCUGCCAUUGAUGAGAAUGCAUCUGCGCGAGGCGACGAGGAUACACCAAAUCCCGUUAGUGGAGAUUUGUCCGACGCCGAAAGUGUUGAUGGGCAGGAAGAAGACGAGGACGCUGAGCAUCCCGACCAGAAAGAAAAACUACACGUUGAUGAAGAAUUGGAGGACCGUGUAGAGACCGCGGAAGAGUUACGAACGAGCAAGAGGCGGCGGAAGAGCACCGUCAAUGGCAAGGAGGUAGCGGCAGGCGAAGCCAACGAGCCCGCCGACAAGCACGCCGUAAAAGCUGUCAGCGAUGAAGGAGAAGAGGAUCAUGCAGAGGUUGAAGCUGAUGAUGCAGAGGCUGCCCUGAGGGACGAAGAAGAACAGGAGAGAAAGCACAUAGCUCUAGAGCAAUUGACGGAUAUAGAGCGACAUUUUUCAUCAUUCAGAGAUCGAUUACACGAAGACCGACUGGCGAAACUCAACUAUGAAGAAUGGAUGUUGAAGCAAGACCCACCAAUACACCCAGAAUACCUGGCCAUGAUGCACUGCAUUGAUGCGCGAAGAGACGAGAAGCUGAGGAUAGAGAUGCGACGCGCCGAUUACACACGAGAAACCAUAGAAAAGUCUGCAGUUGGAAAACGAGCACAAAUAUUGUCACAGUUCUACCAAGAAGUGCGAGAAAUUCGCGAGCAGAAACUCGAGCUUCUGGGUAAACAGUGGUAUGAGAUCCAACACGACAGGCGAGCGCAUGGCUCAAGCGUGAACGACUACGCGUUAAGAUAUACGACGAAGAAAGAAGACCAGGUUCGGGAUCAAUAUGCGUAUAACCUAGAAGUGUCGGUCCUCUCGGGCAUUGCGAAAUACCGAGGCUUUCCAGCAGCUCCAGCAAUGGCUCCAGCAACUUCCACGGAGCUGGAAGAUGACUUCAAGAAGAUGGGCAAAUCCAGCCAAAAACAGCCCCAACAGCGAGCGCAGCCAAGUUUACAGCUACAAGACAUUGCCGCGAUGCGUGCUGCGGCGUCAGCAGCUGCUUUGAAACCAGCCGAAGAACAGUUUAUUGAACAAACUCCCUGGGCCAACCCGCAGCAUCCGUCUCAUGUGCACCUUCUCCAGCGCCAAUCACCUGCCCAGCAGGGCCCAAGAACAGGUAGCCCCUUCUCGAUGGCAGUGGGGCAACAGCCGCGUCGGCAGACACACCAGCAGGCUGGCGGACUUCCUGUAUCUGGAACCUUCUCAGGGAUCUCUCAACCUCAAGGCGCCGGAAGGGGUCAGAUAAGCACUUUCAAUAAUGCACCACAACCACAAAAGAUGGGACCUUCUCCACUUGGGAGUCGGCGGCCGUCGAUUCUACUAGAGCAGAGCAGGCUACCAGCGGCCGUUAACGAACAGUCCAAGCCUCACGAGAACCGUCAAAACAUGGAGGCUGGACCAGAGGCUUCACACCCGCCCUUAAUCAGUCCGCCUCGACCGCAAGAAGCCCUGCACGAGUUCUCAUAUGAGGGAGGGGUCGGAGUCAAACGCGAACAGCCGGCGACAGUCACGAACGGGAGGUUCUAA